AUGUAUUUGGCGUACAAAUACGUCCGCGACAAGAGGCGUGCAGCUAAGGCAACCCACGACGCCGAACACAAUGGCCUCUCAGCCGCAACAGGUCCACCCCGCCCAGAGACGCAGCCGAAGGGCAAGGCCAUCGCUCUAUCCAAGAGCACUCAGUGGAAGCUUAUCCUCAUGGCCGCCCUCCUUGUGCCCGUUCUCUUGAGACGCUCGACUACACAGGUCGUAUCUUCAUUUCCUUUAGCCGAUUUGUCUGACAUCCCUUCUCAUUCGACCGCAGUGGUUGCCACCGCCCAGGUGCACAUCUCAUCCGUGUUCAACCGGCUUGAUCUACAGAGUUAUAUUGGAACGAUAUAUCUCCUCACCUCGACCGUAUUCCUCCCUCUCUUCGCCUCACUCGCCGAUGUCUGGGGGCGCCACUGGGCUCUACAAUUUGCACUCUUCUGCUUCUUGCUCGGCAGUGCUAUUAGCACGAUGACACGAAUCAUCAUGUCAGACUCGAAUUCCCUGGACGACAACAACUGGCAGCAGUCCAUGCUCUUCUUCCUCUACACAAUCGGUUACUGCGUGGGCCCCGUCAUUGGUGGUGCGCUCACUAGUGUCAACUUCCGUUGGAUCUUCGCCAUCAAUCUUCCGGCUGCUCUCGCAGCUAUGGUCCUCACUUUCUUCAUUGUCCGUGGUCGCACCAAGGGUCCGCAGCCCGCACACAACCAAGCCCUGCCCUUCGAUGGAUCUACCGCUAUGGAUGCACCUCACGAAACCUUUACUCAGAAGCUUCUUCGCAUCGACUGGGUCGGCGCCGUGCUCUUCAUGAUCGCCGGCAUCACCCUCCUCCUUGCCCUCAACUGGGGCUCCACCACAACCUCCUCCUGGUCCGAGCCGCGCGUGAUCGCCUGCUUCGCCGUCGCCGGCGUAGCCUACAUCGCCUGGAUCGCGUGGGAGAACGCCCUCGAGCGCCGCCAGGCGCGCGACGGCACGAGCCGCAAUCCACUCAUGCGCACCGACCCGAUGAUCCCACUUGAGCUCUUCAAGAGCAAGGACCUCGUCAUCGCCCAGCUCGGCGUGUUCGUGAGCGGGAUGGUCAUGAUCGUCAUGUUUUACUUCAUAGCCAUCUUCUUCACCAUCGUCUCCGGCCUCACCGGCACCGAGGCGGGCCAGCAGCUGCUCUACUUCGCGCCUGGCCUCGGUGCCGGCGCGCUGAUCUCCAUCCAGUUCAUGAAGUUCCUCCGCCAGCCCAAGAUCCCCAUCGUCCUCGGCUCGAUCAUCAUCACCACCUCGCUCCCGCUCAUCGCGUGGGCCAUGGGCCUGAACGACCAGAAAAAGGUCCAAGGCUUCCUCGUCCUGGCCGGAGCCGGCGUCGGCAUGUCCAUCGGCCCGCUCGCCAUCCACUGCCGCUUCUCCCAGCCCACCUCGCGCGUCGCCGUCGUCUCCGCGCUCACCCUCUUCUCCCGCUCGCUCGGCGGCACCGUCGGCCUCGCGCAGUGCGGCGCGGUGCUCAACGCCAAGGUCUCCCAGACGCUCGCCGCGCGCGUCGCCGCGGGCGAGCUCCCCGCGGCCGUCGGCGCCGCGCUCGCGGACGGCGUCUCGGGCCUCAGCGCGGCGGGCGGCGGGCUCGACGCGCUCCCCCCCGCGGCGGUCGCGCUCGUCCAGGCGGCGUUCCAGGAGGGGAGCAAGUGGGCGUUCUACAGCCUGAUACCGUGGGCGGGCGUCGCGCUCGUGCUCUCCGUCUUCCUGAGCGACAUCAAGGACACGGACGCGGAGGCGAAGGCGGGCACGGCGGCAAGCGACGAGAAGGAGGUGAAGCCCUUGGGCAAGACCGACUCGUCAGUAUGA